AUGGUUUUGUGUUUUGUGGUGCAUUGCUGGCUCUAUGGCAUAAAAGGUAAAAUUUACUAUGGUUGUGUUUGUGAUUACUGUGGUGUUUUUGUGGUUAAAUGGUUGAAGUGUACCGUUUUUGUGGUUACCUAUCGAAAUUCCUAUUGUUUUACGUACACAAAGAUGAAUUACUUAGGAGAAUAA